GCCAUUUAAAGGAAACAUAGAAUACAGUCUUAUUAAAAGCAAACCAGGACAGGAUGUAGGGUGAGAUCAGUCAUGACCCAUAGUUAAUAGACAACCCUCCUUGCAAUCAUUGUGACCUCAAGUUUCGCAAUAAUGCCUCGAAUCUCCAAUCCUGCAAUCAAGUGCGCUGAAGACAUAGCCAUUGCUUCACUGUUUCAUAAUAUCCCCGUCCCACCGUCUUCGAACGUUAUACACGGUAUAUCAUCAGGUCAAUAUGUUCUCUCCCUUGACCAGGAGCGCAAGUUAGCUGGGGCUCUGGCUUUCCUUGCGCACAAUCGAGAAGGUGCUGAACAUAUCCCGGCAGUCUGCAUUGGGGAAGAUUCAGCAACGGGCUCUUUGAAUGUGAUAUUUGCAGUGAAUAAGGCCAAUCAUUCUGAUGGAAACAAUGUGCUUCAUUCUAUCCAGCAGGGCUUUGAUGAGAUCUUUGCACUCCUUACGCGGGUGUCUACCGAUUGCUCCCCAAGCCUUAAAAACCAGGUUUUCUACAUGGUCGUCUCGAUGUGUUCAUCUCGUAUCCUUUCCCGACUGCGGUUGGGCUCUACUGGGCGCGUAAAAAUGAAGAGAUCUCUCAAGGAUACUCUGCAGGAGCUGACCAGGGCACUUACGCGUAUCAGCCAGGACAAACUAAAAGAUAGAAGCCUAUUGGAAGCCGUAGAUUUGUUAUUGACCAGGGCUAAGGAGGUUAGAAAAGUCGUUGACUUAUGGUCAAAACAUCAGGUCACCGCACGACUAAUAGAGCUUGUGGAAAGUAUCUAUCGCAUACAUCAGAUCAAGCAGCUUCAACCCAUUAUCGACAUCAUACCAAAUAAUCAUAUGGACCCUACCGCCAGAGAAAGUUUUAUAAACAUAGUUGGUAAAGUUUCCCGAUACCGGGAAGCUGCUCGAUUCUUAUACCGCACGGCAAAGAAUGUUCCUUUAGCUCGGAACAUGCGGACGGUACCUGUCCACCUGCCUGAAGAGGCAUUCACGAUUCCUUCCAUCGACACAUACACCCCGAAUCUGCUCGUUAAAGUCACCGAGGCCAGUGCAAAAGGAAGACAACAGAAGCUUCUGAAAGAGAUUUGUCGCGUGCUCGGCUUGAGUGAGCAACAGGCCAAAGACCAAUAUUGCCGGCAGGUAAUGCAUAUCUUAAGACAAGCAAAAAUCCAUUCCGAGGUCCAGAUCAUUGCAUAUUUUGAAUUGCACCCGCCGCUGACUCUCCCGCGAGUUAUCUGUUCCAGUAAAGAUGCUUGCUUUCUCUGCAACUUGUUCAUCAAAGUAUAUGGCAAGCUACAUACUCCCCGGUCCCACGGAAGGCUCUAUCCUGGAUGGCGUUUGCCUUGCCUGCCACAGCUUCAAGAAGUAGAACAAAGGUUCUGCCAAUCAUUGCAGGGCAACUUUCAAGAAAGUUGUACAACGCUACUUUCAACAAAGCGGAAACUCCUUCGUCCGAACCCGAUUGAAAGUACACUUUUUACCCUCCCUGCAUCUGGUACAACUAUGUUAACUACCACGUCACUGGAAGGAAGCAACAUUACGCAUGCCGGUCCGCCGGCCCAUGAGACCGCAUCCUUCCAACCAGAGCUAAACCGAGACCCCGACCCAAGAGAGAGCAUGGGAUCAGUUAAAAGAUCAGAAUGUGCAAAUUCUGUUUCCGGUCGUCCCGAUAACAAUUCAAUUAUACUUCAAGGUUCCGGAAUCUUUGGAAGUGUGGGCCCCAAAGAGACAUCUGAGCCUUAUUCUGCUGGGCCCCUGGAGAUCGUCGUCGAGGAUAUCGCAGGCUCCAGUAGCCAUUCUUAUCGUAUUGAAUGGCUUGACGACAAGGAGACUAGAAAGGCACGAGGAGAAGCCCUUCUCAUUGAUGUUGAAGAAAUCGAGGAGGAGAUCACCCUUUGUGAACAUAAUCCUCUGUACAUGACCGCCAGGGGCGCAAUUUUAAGACUCAGUUGGACCAGUGAGAAUGCACGGUAA